UUCUUCCCCCCUCUCUUUUGCUUUCUUCCUUUUUGCUUUGCAGCUCUUUCAAAACUUUUUAUUUAAUUAUUUUAUUUAUUUAUUUAUUUUUAUUUUAUUUUACUUUCCCCCCCCCGCCCCGGCUCCUGCACCGAAACUUUUCCGGCACGCCAGACCGCGAGGGGACCGACCCGAGGGGAAGACAUGGGGCGGGCGGCGCUGCUGGCAGCCCUCUGCCUCUGCCUGCGCUGGGUGCCCGCGCCCUGCGCGGCCCCGGCCGACGAAGCCGAGAAGAAUUUUGAAGGAAUCGAGAGCAAAUUUUCCUUACGGACGGCUGCUGAGCCCGACGAGGAUGUCUGCUACCUGGUUCCCGGGCAGGUGGAAAGCUUGGCACACUGCAACUUCAACCACACUAGUAAAACCUUCGUGGUGAUCCAUGGGUGGACGGUGACAGGGAUGUAUGAAAGUUGGGUCCCAAAGCUGGUGGAUGCUCUGUACAAGAGAGAACCUGACUCAAAUGUCAUUGUGGUUGACUGGCUCGUUCGGGCUCAGCAGCACUACCCAGUGUCUGCUGCCUACACUAAGCUGGUGGGAAAGGACGUCGCUAUGUUUAUUGACUGGAUGGAGGAAGAAAUCAACUACCCUCUCAACAAUGUCCACUUGCUGGGGUACAGUCUGGGUGCCCAUGCUGCUGGGAUUGCUGGGAGUCUGACCAAGAAGAAGGUCAACAGAAUUACUGGGCUGGAUCCUGCUGGUCCCACCUUUGAGUACGCCGAUGCCCCCACCCGCCUCUCCCCGGACGAUGCGGACUUUGUGGAUGUCCUGCACACCUACACGCGGGGCUCUCCGGAUCGCAGCAUUGGGAUCCAGAAGCCGGUUGGACACAUCGAUAUUUAUCCUAAUGGUGGAGGUUUCCAGCCGGGUUGCAACUUAGGAGAGGCUCUUCGUCUGAUUGCAGAAAAAGGCUUUGCCGAUGUGGAUCAGCUAGUGAAAUGCUCUCAUGAGCGAUCCAUUCACCUCUUCAUUGACUCCCUCCUCUACGAAGAAAAGCCAAGCAUGGCCUACCGCUGCAACACGAAGGAGGCCUUUGAGAAGGGCCUCUGCCUGAGCUGCCGGAAGAACCGUUGCAACAAUUUGGGUUAUAAGGUCAAUAGAGUGAGAACGAAGAGAAACAGCAAAAUGUACUUGAAGACUCGUGCGCAGAUGCCCUAUAAAGUCUUUCAUUACCAGGUCAAGAUCCAUUUCUUUGGGAAGACGAAUAUGACUAAGACAAACCAGCCUUUCCUGAUCUCUUUGUAUGGCACUCUAGAUGAGAGUGAGAACAUUGCUUUCACACUGCCUGAAGUUUCCUCAAACAAGACAUUCUCCUUCCUGAUUUACACAGAAGUGGAUAUUGGUGACCUGCUUAUGCUAAAGCUGCAGUGGGAGAAAGACACUUUCUUCAGCUGGUCUGACUGGUGGACUCCUUUUGCAUUUGACAUCCAGAGAGUCAGAGUAAAGUCAGGAGAAACUCAAAAAAAGGUCGUGUUCUGCUCCCGAGAUGGCACCUCGCGCCUCAGUAAAGGACAAGAAGCGGCAAUAUUUGUGAAAUGCAUGGAGCAGCCGGUCAACAGGAAAAGAGGAGGUGCCAAGAAAGCCUCUAAAGAAAAUUCUGCUCAUGAAUCUGCUUAGAAGUGACAAGAAUGGAGACUUUUUUUUUUCCACACUGGGCAGGAGGAGAGUCCAUUCAUCCCUAUGAACUGGGUGUUUAGAACCAAAUAUAUAGAAGUAUUUAUCUACUGCUGGCUUUUUUGCCUGCUAUUCCUAGCUAUUCUAGGAGACUUCUUGUAAGGAAGUCUCAGCACACAGAAAGUUGUUACUAACCAUAAAGAUGCAUUAUCCAAAUAGUUAAAAACAAAAAGAAACUGCCAAAACAACUUGCCAAAAGCUUGAGUACUGGGAAGGAAUAAGUAAUUUUGCUUAAUCAUGGUGCCUCGUGACAAGGUUUCUUGAUAUCAAAUCCUCUGUAGCAGUUUUCUAGUAUUUAUUGAAAAGAAGAAAAGCCUUGUACCUGGCUUUUCUUUCUAACUGAACAGAUUUGGGAUUUUUUUGUUUGUUGUUUUUGUUUUUCUUCUGGCUUGGCUAACUGAAUUUUCUAACAGUUCAAUGGCCAGAUCUCAUUGUCUUCAAGUGUGUGUUUAGGAAUUGAGUAGAUUUCUUAUGUGAAAAAACAUCUUUCCUAUCUGUAAAGCUAUUAUUCAAAGGUGUCAGGGACUGAAUGAAUAUGGGGAUAAAUUUACUAGUUUGUGGUUAUGAAUGUGUUACACUGGGGGUAGAUGCCAGUGCUACUUAACCAUAGGUAUGAUCUGUUAAGCUACGUGUUAUUAUGCAGCUUAUCCUGCAAUAAAUAUCCCGUUGUAGGACAAGACAGCAGUACCAGUGUCCUAUGCAGAUAUUGUACUUUUCAUCCGUGCUUUCAUCUCUUAAAAAAUGAAACCAUCAAACCUCCAACACUGUGCUGAGUUAGGAAGUGCAAAGGAAUCAAUCUACCAGACACUCCAGGAAAUGGACUUUUCACCUUGCUUGCAUCCCUGAUGCUAAACCGUGACAGUCACUCUGCUCUUUGACAGUGAAUGUCAGUCAUGUAGCUGAGUGGCAGCUGUAUCAGGUCUGGACCUGAAUCAACCUGGCAGCUGAGAAGCUGCGAUCACGCUCCCCUAUACUGGAAAUCUGAUUUCCAGUGACCAUCCUCUGCUUGUGGCUGGGCUGUGGUGCACUGCUAGUGCUAGAUGCUUGGAGGUGCUCGGUUUUCUGACGAGAGGUGGGAUUCAGCAAGGAGCAGGGGCUGGGACAGUCAAAAGGAGUCUGACUGUGUGAUCCACAGAAAUGAAUGCUCUGAGAAACACUUGAAUUAGACAUGCUGUGAGUAGCCAAAAAUAGGUGAAUUGAAGGCUUUCUGCCUUUUUUUUUUUUUUUUUUUACAUGUAAUUUUUCUAGUGCCCUGAAAGGUUCACAGCCUUCAUUUAGCUUUGCAGAGGAUAAACAAACUACUGGGGAGGUGGGAAGGCUGGAAGGUACAUGUUUGGAAAAGUGGUAAUCUGAGCUAUUGAUGCUGGCUUUCAUAAUCUUUUUGCACAUGUGCAAGAUGGUGCAAAAGUGGUGAUUCUCCAACAUUAUUCCAACCAUAAAACAAUGCUGGCACGUGUAUGCAUACACAUUUUUUUUGUUUUUUAUAGCCAUGGCCAUUGUUACAUGUAGGGACAAAAGUUCUAAACAGUGCAAUAGGUUGGAAUAAUAACAACUCCAAAAUUGCUCACAUUUGAUUUCCUAAUGCAACAAGUACAGCAGAGAUAGGAUGAGUCCCUGAGGGAGGGGUUGAGUAUUGAGCCACUGCAUUUGAGACUUCUAAAAAUACAGUGAUUUGUUUCAUACAGACUUCACAUUUUGUUGCAAUUUUCUCCUAAGUUUUAAGAUUCUUUGGAAACAAAACUUGUAUAAACAGGUCUGCUUUUAAUACAGGAUCUAAUACAAACUCAUACAGUACUUAGUCACCAAAUAGUGAAGGUUCUUGUACAUGAGGACACAUGAUUUAGCUUUGAAUGUUAUUUAUUAGCUGUAAAUACCAUAUUUAUGUGUGUAAAGGUAGUUUGUAUAUAUUGCUAAAGUCACUGAGAGUCUCUGCAUUUAUACAGUUGUGUGGUAUUAAUCCUGUAUAUAGCUUUCGGAAAGAUUUUUAUCAAUGAACCACUUAACCACAUCGGAAAUAAUGCAGUGUAAUACAUUUUUUUAAAAAGAAAGCUCCUCAGUUUUGUAUGGAAUGGAAACCUAUCGUUUUAAUAAAAUUUUCAAACUGA